CAGCCUCCUCCCUUGCCUGGGACUCUGGAACCAUCUCAUUCCGGUAAAAGUAAGAGGCAGCUUGGGACCAGCAGCCUUUCGCGAAGAAAAGUCUGACAUGCCCGUCCUAUAUGACAGGGCGCAGAAAGAAAACGUCCUUACUGAGCUUUGCUGGGCGCGGGGACUGCAGCGCGCCCCGGUCCCCGGAAGCUCAGCGCAGCGCGGUGGCUAUACCUGACAGCUGCCGGGACCGCUCGGAGUCCCGGAGCCCCGGAGGAGGAGCCACAGGCGGGGCCACUGGAAGCGGCCACCUCAGCGAAGAGGCAGGAUUUCCGCGGGAUUGCUGAAGCUAAAGGAGAUGUUUAAUUCUAAGUUUGGAUCCAUUCCCAAGUUUUAUGUUCGAGCACCAGGAAGAGUCAAUAUAAUAGGAGAGCACAUAGAUUACUGUGGCUAUUCUGUUCUUCCUAUGGCUGUGGAACAAGAUAUGUUAAUAGCUGUGGAACCUGUGAAAACACACACUCUCCAGCUGGCCAAUACCAACCCCCUGUACCCGGACUUCAGUACCAGUGCUGAUAACAUUCAAAUUGACAAAACCAAGCCUCUGUGGCACAACUAUUUCCUAUGUGGAUUUAAAGGAAUUCAGGAACACUUUGGUCUUAGUAACCUGACUGGGAUGAAUUGCUUGGUAGAUGGAAACAUCCCACCAAGUUCUGGCCUCUCCAGCUCCAGUGCCUUGGUGUGUUGUGCUGGCUUGGUGACACUCACGGUGCUGGGACUGAAGCUAUCCAAGGUGGAACUUGCAGAAAUCUGCGCCAAGAGCGAGCGUUACAUUGGCACAGAAGGAGGCGGGAUGGACCAGUCCAUAUCGUUUCUUGCAGAAGAAGGAACUGCCAAGUUGAUAGAAUUUAGUCCUUUGAGGGCAACUGAUGUGAAACUCCCAAGCGGAGCAGUGUUUGUGAUUGCCAACAGUUGUGUGGAAAUGAAUAAGGCAGCAACUUCGCAUUUCAACAUCAGGGUGAUGGAGUGUCGGCUGGCUGCAAAGCUCCUGGCUAAGCACAAGGGCUUGCCGUGGGAGGCAGCACUGCGGCUGGAGGAGGUGCAGGCCAGACUGGGAGUCAGUCUGGAAGAAAUGCUGCUGAUCACAGAGGAUGCCCUUCACCCAGAGCCCUACAGCCCUGAGGAGGUCUGCAGGUGUCUGGGCAUCAGCCUGUGGGAACUCCGGACCCAGAUCCUCAGUCCAAACACUCAAGAUGUGCUCGUCUUCAAGCUCUACCAGCGGGCCAAGCACGUGUACAGCGAGGCAGCGCGAGUGCUCCAGUUUAAGAAGAUAUGUGAAGAAGCACCUGACAACAUGGUCCAGCUGCUGGGGGAGUUAAUGAACCAGAGCCACGUGAGCUGCCGGGACAUGUAUGAGUGUAGCUGCCCUGAGCUGGACCAGUUGGUGGACAUCUGUCGGAAAUUUGGAGCUCAUGGGUCACGACUUACUGGCGCAGGAUGGGGAGGCUGCACAGUGUCGAUAGUACCUGCGGACAGGCUGCCCAGCUUCCUAGCAAAUGUGCAUGAAGCUUAUUACCAGAGGAGCAAUCGAAGCUUAGCGCCUGAGAAGCAGAGUUUGUUUGCUACCAAGCCUGGAGGCGGAGCUUUGGUUUUCCUUGAGGCCUAAACAGUGUGAAAAACCUCAGAGCAACUAUUUAGAGCAUUUAGGACCUGGCAGGACUUCUAGUGCCACAGUACAUUAAUCCUCUGUUUUGCACUAUGAUGAACGGUCGCUAUUAUCAAGAUGUAUUUCCAGAGAAAAGGCUGAAAGCUUUCUAUGCUUCAUAAUUAUUUUUCCAUCUUAAAAUAUGUUUUCUACCAAUAAGUGUCAAGAUUAUGCUUGGAUGGAUCACUUAAGGAUGAUUUGCUGAGAUUUAUUGAUUUUAAGGUUUUUAGAGACAAACGGUAAAAGACCAUUAAUACUGGCCCUAUGAGCUGUACCUGAAUUAAACAUACUACUACAGUUAAAGCGAUGUGACUCAACUGUACAAACUGUUCCUAAGUCCUGUGUAUUUCUGGCUCCUCUGGGCGUUCUUCUUCCUCAACGUGCAGUCUUCUGUUGUUGUCGAUGACGAUGACAGUGAUGCCAGAAAUUCUCUCUCAGUUCGAGCUUCAGAACGCUAUUAAAAUCACACAUUAUUAAGGAUUCACAGAAUUUCCCGGAUGUGGUAUGCUUGAGUGUGAGAUUCUCCACAAUUGUCAAGAUAAGGAGGAUCACCUAAAAUUUUUUUUUAAAAAUAUACCUAGGAAGAAAAUUCCAGGCUCAGCUCAUUAUUUUUUUAAACCACGUGCUAUCACAUUAAACAGUCAUUUUCAAGUCUUUUGGCCCUGAGCUUUCUCUAUCAUAAUAGAGAAACUUAGAAAAAAGACACUUCAAGUUUAUCUUUCUUCACAUUGAAAUAGAGAAUUAUCUGGGUGAUAAUUCAGAUCAUUCAAUUUGUUCAUGGAAUUUACUUUCUUCCCACACUACCCUAUCUUUUCUCAAAUGCCUCUCUGAUCCAGGAGGCACGUUUACUAUUCUGGGAAGGCCAUCUACGCCUUGCACCCUUUGUUGUGUAUCCAGCAAGGCUUGUUUGUAUCUGUGGACCACUGUAGGGCAGGUGUGCGGGUGCAAGUAGGAAAAGGCUCAGUGUGGGUUCUGGGAUUGGCCUGGGGGUGGGUGGGUGGGUGCCUGUGUAUGUUUCUCAAAAAAGUGGACAUGUGGAGAUGGUAAACGAAUGGCUCGCUCUAUAGGGAGGCCUUCCUGAAUUAGAUGAAGAUUUAGACCAAGAAGCAUUUUGCUGAUAUAAUCAGAUGAGAGCGGCAGCAGUUGUUUUUGGCAUGAAUUAUCCAGGAAAGCAUCACAGUCCCUACUCUUCCAUGAUUGUUUUUGCUCAUUACUGUGCAACUGACUCAAAGAUCUGACAUCAUCGUCUUGACUCUGUUUCAGAGAAGCUGAAACAAAGCUGGUUUUAACAGUGUUUGUAACGUUUCUCCAAGGACAACAGUCACAUAAGGUAGUAGGAAAUCCAUUAUUCUCUUCUAAAAUAAACUUCUCGUGCAUUUUCAUUCUUAGCAGAAAGGUAAACACUUGAGAAAGCUUAAGUCAAAUUUGUUGAAAGAAUUUUGAGUUUUAAAAGUUGGUUUAAAAUUAUAACCCUUUGUUUUUCAAUACCUUUUCACCAUGAGAUACCUUCUUUACAAAACAGGUAAGUAAAAAUGUCUAGUGUGCACUCCUCUUUGGAGGACACAGUUGUUCCAAGCCAGAAUCUACUCCGUGCUUGUCUUGAUGUCUGGCCUGAAGAAAAGAACUACUUUUCAAUGACACCAUCACCAAGUGUUAUUACAGAAAUUAUGAGAGAUAAUUGUACUUGUCUGGAAAGGAGGAGGGUGGGGCCACUGGAGAAAAUCUUUGCGCAGAAGAUGGAAUUUGAGGAGGGUCCUAAAGGAUGUGUAGAAUUUGAAGGCUGGGGAUGAGCAGAGUUUAUGAUUAUGGGUAACCGUGGUAUGUUUGGAAGACUUAGUGGGAGUGAAGGGUUGACCUCAGGAUACAGUGAAGAAUAAAGACUAGCUAUAUUGGCUGGAGCUAGCUUUUGAAGAGCUCCAAGUCCAGCAUUUAGACCAGGGGUUACAAACUGGCAGCCCAUAGGCCCCAUCUGGUCUACAGAUUGAUUUAGUUUGGCCACCAGGGUAUUUAAAAACUUGAGUCCUAAACAGGAAUUUUACAGAAGAAUCUGGACUACUAAUGGUGGAAGAUCUGAUAACACUUUGGCCUCCACUCCUGCAGGGCAUCAAUGAAACAGAGGUGAGGAAGGAGCUGCCUUGUUCAGAUGAGGUACGGACUCUCCCUUGUGCUUUGGUUCCACCUUCUUGUAGUUCCCUUAAUACCCGGCCAUUUACUGUUUACCAGCUCAGAUCACCUGCCCUUUGCCAGCACACUCGCAUAGUUGUUUUCUUUUACUAAAUAAGUAUUUCUCUGUACCCAUGUCUCUAGCAGGAGUAGUUAAGAGAGACCAGGAAAAAACAGGAGAAAGACUUUCUUUUUGGUGGAAGUAAAGAAUAGUCCUUUUGUUUACUAUUAAACACACAGGUUUCCAUUACCUUUCUGGCUCAUCUAGAAAUUUGGGUGGAUUAUUUGACCCCUGUUUUGACAUUACACCAGUAGCCAGAGAGGAGUGCUCUAGAUUUUUGCGUGGAAGCCUGACAUGCUGAAAAUAAAAAAGCUCCUCCUGACCUCAGAUUGUCCAGCCUUCAGAUUUCCUGUACACUAUUCUCUACAUGUUCUUGUUUACUGGAAGGGAAGAAGGCAGUCUGAAUUUAACAGGACUGCUCGUAAGUUAAAGGGGAGAAGAACGGGAGGGGACAAAGAAAACUGGAAAGAUGAGGCAGUCUCCUUCCUUUUCUUUCUUUCUCACACUUGAGUCCCGUUUGGAACCAUUUCUGUCUUAUGUUUCUGUCAACCGAGGGCAAGAAUCCUUCAUCUAACAUCUAAGUAGUUAGAAUCCAAUAUGUUUUUGUUCAAUUAUUAAUGAAAAACUAAAUAUGACUUCAAACACCAGUAAUUUUCUAUUAGUUUGAAAUUCUGACUGCAUUUGGAGGCUUUUCAGUUGCAUAAAACGCUCCUGGUCGAGAGCCAGGGAUGGAAGUCCGUGGGCAUGAGGCUGCCACCAUACGUGAGACAGAGAUUAUCCUAGUGUGCGUGUGGAUGAUCGAAUAACAAGAACAUGUUCUCUCCUGCCACUGGAACUUGGCUGUGAAAUCAUCUACUGCUUAUUAAAUAUUUUCCAGUAUCUAUAAGAGAAGCUAGAGAGAGAAUUCUCAAUUUUCAGAAAAGAAACUUACCAGUUUAAAUAGGAAAUUCUCAAAGUCAUUCUUAACUUCAUUAGGUUUCUUGGUAGCCUUUGCUUGGAGUCUAAUCAUGAAAUAAAGAAAAUUGGUAACCAAACAAUUUGUUUUUGUACUGACACCAGCUGAGAACCAAUACUUACGAAGAGUUUCUUAGGCCGGGCAUUGCCAGCAGUUUAUAUAUAUUUAUUCAGUUUUAGGCAGUAGGUGCUACUAUCACCCUAUAUUACAGAUGAGGAAAGAGGCUCAGAUAUGUUAAGCGACCCAUCCACAGUCAUACAACUAGCAAGUGCUAGAGGACUUGAACCCGAGUGGCGUGACUUGAGCCAUCAGUUGUAGCCACUGUGUGACACCGCCUCCCAGCAGUGAAGCUUCCUCUUCAGUGAGAUGCCUCCCACAGUACUCCCUUACCUAAGUUAACUAAGUCCACCCACCAGGCUCCAGUGCAGACCUUAGGACGGGCCAGCGGGGAGAGGAGAGUCAGUGGGACUGGCAGGGGGAAGAUCUGGGGGAGGAGAGAUGGAAAAGGCUAACGGGUGAGGGCGCGACUAGACUGUAAGCUCAGUGACGGCGGGGAUCUAGGCAUUGGUCGUGAUUUCUGGCGCCAAGUACUCAUUCCAGAAAUACUGGUGAAGGAGUAGAAAGUUGAAUCGAGGAGGCAGCAGGAACCUUUCCAGAGAUUGACGGAUAAAGAGACAAGCAGAGGUAGGCUAGCCAAGGAAGGACAGGACCUUGGGACAAGGGAGAGACAUCAGCAAGAGAGACACAGAUGAGAAAGAAAAGCGAGGAAGGGUAUAAGGCUAUUAAUUUCAUUGGCAAUUUUUAAGUGAAACUUUUAAAAGUUACUCCAUGAAAUUUGUAGGAAGUGAAAUUUUCUGAUAAUUCCAAAUACCCUCGGCUGAAGCACAAAGUUUGGAUUAGCCAAUGCCCUAGAAGGCCCACGCCACGUUUCUUUAGCACUGAGUCCAGAGCACCCUGAGGGCGCAGCCGGGCUGCCUCUGAGGGGUCUCCUGCGUUCGUGUUCUCUGAUGACAAAUGCCCCCUCACUCACUCUGCUUCAUCUCUGCCGAUGUUACCUCCUCCACCUGGGUUUCCUCCUCACUUGGUAAUACCCUCUGGGUCUGUCUGUCCCUGCUUUCCUCAAAUCUGGCUCUUAUAAUCUGGGUCUCUUGCUCAUAGUCCUAUUGAAAUCCACUCCAAAAUAUCCUUGGUGCCCUUUUUCAGUUACAUCCUUUUAGAAUCUUAUUGACUUCAAGUCAUCCUGAGACUGGUUCAUCUCACUUCAUUAAAAUCAACCUACCUUCCAGGUCACUCUUUCAAUUUACAGUUCCCUCUUUCUUUUAAAAAAAAUAACUUUCUUGGUGUUUCACAUACCCCCAAAUCUACCCUUUUAUAGUGCACAAUUCAGUGGUUUUUAGUAUAUUCACAAAGGUUUGCAACCAUCGCCACUAUCUAUUCCCUCAUCUUUCUGACUGUCUUUCCUUUCCACGAGUCUCUCUUUUUCAAAGAUUGUAGAUAGAAACUUAGGACCUGGGCCUAUAAAUUUAACAGGCAGAUGGGAGUCAUAUACCCUAAUGAGCGCCAUUGCAGGAAGCAUAUCUGAACGCUGCUUGUGAGUUGCUCUGAAAACUGGUCUGCAUCCGUUUGCAUAUCCUGAGUGGUGAGGAAUCCUGUCCUCUGCAGAUUUGAUUUUUGGGGAACUUGCAAAGGUCACCUGGAGACAGAUCUUAUAAUUUAGGUGUUGUGAAGGCAAAAGCUGGGUGGUAAGAUUUUUGGUGAAAAGUGAACUAAGAUUCUAAAGGACUGCGUUGAAUCUUCUCAUGUGACUGGGAGACUAGCAGUGAGAAACCUGGCAGCAGGGCUGGCACAGAGCUGGGGUCCCCCACGGGGGCGUAUGUGAAGGGCUGCACUCGUCUGACAUUUACUCUUACCUACGUGGAUGUACUGGAAGAAGUGGGCUGGUCUCAACACUUAAUAGUUUUCUUUUUUAUACUGUAUAAAUUAAAUGCACCCACUUUUCCUUGUUUCGGUGGGGCACAAUGUAUGCAGCAGGGGCAGAAGGGAGACAAAGAACUAGCCCAACAGAGACCAGCCAAAUAGCUUGUUUUUCUAGUUUACACCUUCCCUAUGGCAAGGCAUGGUUAUGGGUCUAUUUUUUUAAAGGUCCUCAGCUUAAGUCCUAUGUCUGGUAGAGUAAAAGGAGAUGAUGGCAAUGUUUAGCAAUUAAUUAAAUUAGUAAGGUAAGCGCUUAUGUGGAUAAAGCAGAAAGUCAGUGUGACUCUAGAGGAACUACCAAGUAG